CCGAGAUUAGAGAGAGAGAGAGAGAGAGAGCCAUCCCCCUGCCGAUUGUGUGGAGGAGACCUCGACCAGAGGAUCGCUGGAUCCCGAGUUAUAAUCAGAGUUGUCCUUAUCGAAUCGACUUUCCGAUAACCAGGAAAACUUCGAUACGUCUCGUUUCGUCUCCAUUGGUCGCGAUCUGCCUCAGGCGCCGCGGGAUUUUUCUUCCUAGAGUAUAUGGAUGUGGCUUUUAACCUUCUAUCCCGUUGGCUUUUGGGUGGAAAAGGUCAUGAAACUCCCAAUCCAUCUCUGAGCUCUUCUUCAGAUUCCGCCGCGGGGUUCAGGGAGCUGGAUUCGUUGAAGUUUGUGAGCGGGCCUCGAAUUAGAUCUAGUCCGAGAAGAAUCAGGAGGAAGUGGCAUAGCCGGGAGGAACGGCGGUUAGAUAAGGAGUAUGACGUAGUCCUGGUGCCCUCGGAUGGAGGAUGCAUGUCUGGUUCUGAAUCCGAUGAUUCCGAUUGGUCGAUCGGUUGGUUGGAACCUCACGCCCCUGAGUUCGGGACCGAGAACGAUACAGAGCGCAGCUUCGCUGUCUUGGUCCCGUGCUAUGGCCGUGGUCGUCGCGAGGUGGUGGACGGCUCCCAGAAGCAUGUUAUAGGUGCUGUUGAUCUCACGGACUACGAUUAUUCUGAUAGCAAAAGGUAUAUCGAAGAGUGGCUUGCAGAACACUUGUCAGCUUGAAACAACUCGCUGAAAGCUUGUCAUUGGUGUGUUCCUUGUAUUGAUGAAGAUACGAAGAUCAUGGGGUGCCUCAGAAAAAAACAAAAAAAAAGAUUAAACAAAGCAAGAAAGAAGCUGUUAGGAUGUUAAAGCACAUAAAUUUCUUGUUGGACAAAGCAUUCCUUACAAGAUGCAAGCAAGAGUGAAGGAAGCUGCAAGGAGAUGCAUCCUCGGUGAAGAUUCAAAUAGACCUGUGAAUACUAUUCUUUAUCUCCUUGUUUUCUGCCUCAGAACAAUUUCUCUGGUGCCGGACCGGACAAUUGGGUGUAAAUACAAUUCUUCUGUAUAUAUUGUGUACAUAUGGUGCCAUCCUUUCUCUUUUUUUGCUGUAAAUAUUAAGGUGAAAGAACGUUAAAACUCCUUGCGGCCUGUAGGAAUGGUCCUCAGCUGCAAUUGCAUUUGCACUGGCAAUUGCUGAUUAAAUAGUAUGAAUUCUUCAUUCA